AUGGCCACAAUCCGGCGGAAGGCACCUCGCCUGUUCACUGGUGCUGUUUUUACAGAGGAGAUCAGUCGUGGUCUCAUGACUUUUUCAGAUCGUCACAACUUGACGAGUGAUGUAUGGGUGCCGAAAAAGUUGGUGGGGAAGAUGAAGGCAGGAGCCACUCUUUUGCCAAAUGCGAUUCUUUGUGACGUGUCACUGAUUCCAGGCUGCGGGGCUGUCGAUCUUAAAACCAUUGGCUUUGAACGUGUUUUGGUAAACGCUGCACACACAACGGAUGUGGAGUUUUUUGAAGGCUACAGGAACGAUAUUUUGAAUGGCUUGGCUGGAGCGCUUCCACUGACGGUGACAGGAGCUCCACAUCGCGAUGUUCGCCUUGCCUCACUUGCCGUUGAUGGGAGCCAGCGGGGGUUUCAAAGCCCCUACUGGCUAAGACUUUGGGGGAGAAGGCGUCAAUGGGUGAACGCUGAGGAAACCCCUUUCCCAGGACGCCUGAAUCCCACAGACUGUACUUCAUAUGAACCUCACACCUUCACAAACCAGCUGUUUUCUCGAGCGGUUGUCCGGUUGAUGCGACGAAGGGCUUCUCGCUAUGGGUACGUCUCACGCACUUGGAUAACACUAAAAGAAGGUGAGGCGCAUGGGACUCAACUUGAUGCCGAACGGAUAAAGGACGGCCCACCGAUAUUUGUAUCACAGUUUUCCGGAAGCGGUCAAGUACAGGCUGUGGAAUUCUUCUGUGCCGAUCAGUUUGAGGAUUGCACCGUGUUUCCCACUCAGAGGGAAAUCGAUCUGGCAGCUAGCGGAGUUUUCAUUGGGGCAGAAAAGGUGCGCGGAUACCCUUUGUUGGCUUCCCUCGCGGUGGAAUCAUCUUCAUCUGACAGACAUCGUCGCAUGGCAGAGGAGACGGCAAAACUGUCUGAUCCCGUGGUGUUUGGUGCCACACGCGCUCUUGAGCCCCAAUUUUUAGGUUCAGAAUUUAAAGAAUCUCUUCGGAAGUUUUCGCUUCUCCGUGGGUUUUCGAAGCCUCACUUUUUUUUUCACACCGCAGAAACCGCGAAAUACUUGCGACUGAAGCCACAAGAGCAAGGCAUAUUGUACAACCCACCCGCGACCUCCAUUGGGCCCCGUCCUGAGCAGAGCCGCCAUUGUGCUUUUAACGUGCAACAGUUUGAGGAGCCGGCCGUAGUGGAGGAAAUUAUAUUUAGGACUCCAACCUUCUUCUUAACUCAGGUGCCAAUCGCAGGACCGAUGGUAGUGGAAUGCGCACGGGCACAAUGCAGAAACCGGGAGUAUUCGCAAAUGUGGUUACCGGCUCGUGCAUUGGACUACCUUGCUGGAGCGUGGGCAAUUUCCCCAGGAGCCGUUGUAGUGCCGAGGGAUGAGACGUUACUUGCGUUCUCUCCCAAGAUGUACAACGCUUCGGAAGUGAGUAUUCCAUCCGAGGCACUGGAAUGGUGGCCAAACUACAAGCCCCACAACAUGCACAACAAUUUGUACAGGGGUCAAGUGAGAAUGCUGCUUUCGUUGCGCGCAUGGGAGCGACAGUAUAAAUCCCCCUUGUGGAUCACACAAAAAUUGAUGUCUCGUUUGGGAAUAACAACAAAACGACAGACUCGAUGGAAACUUUUUCUCACAGGAAAGCCGUUUGAAAAGCCCCCUACCGUUCUUAUAGACGAUGAUGAAUACACAAACAUGGAGGAGAUCAAAAACCCUGACGUACUUAUGGCAAGCAUGUCUAACGCAGACAGCGACAUUAACGUGUUGGCGAAGAAAGGUUAG